AUGAAUUUCACACUGGUUUCGAUUACAUCCCUUUUAGUGAGUAUAUUACAUUUAGUAAAGAAUGUCUUUUCUUUAUAUGAAAGGAAUGGAAUACCUUUAUGUUAUUCAGAAUUUUAUGAAGACAAGGAAUGUCUCGUGGGUAUUGAUUUUGGUAAGGGUGUAAACUUGUAUUGUCCAACAGAUACUUUAGAUAAUGAAAAUAAUGGUGUUGCUCGUUUUGACAAUUUAGAUAUAAAUAAUCUGAACAAAUGUUUUAAUCAAAUGAAAAAAGGAACUAAUAAUGAAGAUAGGAACGAUUUGAAAAGUAUACAAACAUUAGUACCUGACAUACUAAUAAAUAAGAGUAAUAAAGGAAGUACAUAUAAUAUGUAUAUACCUCAUACUAUACAAGAAACAUUUAUUGCAUCUUGUUAUUGUAUUGAUAGAGGGAGACAAAAGGCUCACAAAAUGAAUAUACAAUUUUCUAAGAACAGCAAAAAUCAAGUUAAAGGAUGUAAUUUCUAUUUUUCAGAAAAUGAGAGAAAAAAAUAUAAUUCGAAUUCUUUAGAAAAAAAUGUAAAUUUAAAAUAUGAAAACAAUUGUGAUAUUAAUGGUGAGGCAGAGGAUAUAAUUUCUUUUAAAUGUACAGCUAUUGAUCAAAAUAACAAUGUGAUUGUUUUACCAUCAUUAUGUUUUCAUACAGUUCUGACUGAUAAUAAUGAAGAAACACAAAUUGAAGGAUUAGUUAAUGGAGUUAAAGUAAUACCCAAACCCUUUUUUUAUCAUAAUGAUAUAAUAACAAAGAAUUUUCUGUCUUAUAUAUUUCUGCCAUCUCGUAUACAAGAUAAUACAAAAGUAAAGUGCGUCUGUACAAUUGCUGAUCAGGUAUCUGCAAAUGUUUAUGCUGGUACCCUUUCUUUAAGUUUAAUAAAGAACUUUAAUUUAUAUCCUAUCAAUAGUGCAAAUAAUGAGACAACAAACGAAAAAAUUUUGACUGAUCAUAGAAAUAACCAAGCACAAAAAGGGUCUUCCAAAAUAGGACAAUAUUCCUCCUUUUUAUUUUUUAUUUUAGUUUUAGCUAGCAUUUGA